AUAUGCAGAGCAGCGCCUUAAAACUGUACCCCAGUUUUGAGCAAAAAGCAAUGUUGUUAAAACGGCAAGCUUUCGCUGUCUUUAGUGGAGAGAUUGACCAGUAUCAUCUCUAUCUUCCCUUAAUACAAGAACGACUGACUGAGAACCUCCGUGUUGGGCAGACUUCUAUAGUUGCUGCACAGAUGUUUCUCUUCUUCAGAGUUCUUUUGUUAAGGAUUUCUCCUCAGCAUCUAACCUCGUUGUGGCCAAUUAUGGUAACUGAAUUGAUUCAGACAUUUCUACAGCUGGAAGAAGAUUUAACUGAGGAAGAUGAACCAUCAAAGAGCAACAGCAAAAUAAGCAAACAGAAAGUCUCAGGUGAUGGCAGUGGAUCUGACAUACAGCAGAAUGAGCUGUCCUUGUACUUAUCAGCUUGUAAGUUUUUGGACACAGCACUUUCAUUUCCACCUGACAGAAUGCAGUUAUUUCAAAUGUACAAAUGGGCAUUUGUUCCAGAGGUGGACAUAGAGUCAUCCACUGUGACCUCUCAUCUGGUAGAAAAUCAUCAGGAAUGCAGACCACACAUUGUAAGAAUCAUGGAUCUGCUGAAGAUGAAAUAUGGGGGAACAAACAACACUGAAGGAAUUUCCAAGGACAAAUGUCCUCUUUUGAAUUUCCACUCUGUAUCGAGCAUCAUCCAGCUUAUGCCCUUCUUCAAGACUCUGUGUUGUGCAUUCACAGCAAAUGGGAGUCAGUCCCAGAAUUCAGAUACUUCUGCAUCUCUCUCUGUGGACUCUGUUGGCAGUAACAGCAAAAAGAUCUUGCAGCGGCUUGAAGAGAGUGUUGAAUGUGACUUCCUUGAAAACAUGGAAAAUUAA